AUGGAAUUCAUAAUCAAAGAGACGAAUGGAAAAUCCUUCACUGUCGUUCAUGAUGUGGUUCUAACUACGUCUUCGUGUUCGUGCAAGCACUUCGAGUUGUACGGGUGGUUGUGUAGACACGUAUUUGUUGUGCUCAAAGAUCUGGGCUUCAAUCUUAUUCCGUCAGCAUAUAUCAUGCCGAGAUGGACAAAGCAGGCGAUUAGUAAUCCCAUGUUUCACGUUCUCGAUAACAUUGAUGCACAGUGUGCCAAUGCCGAUGAUAUAAAUCGAUUGUUGAACAAACUAUGGUCAGAUAUACAUAUAAGCAUUGGAUUAGCCGAGCCCUGUGUCGACCACCUCAUUGAAUUUUCAAAAAUCGUCGAAGCAUACAAGAUUAAGCUACUGUCUGCUCGAACACCAGGGGAUGCAACAACCAAUGGGGGUGCUGUGGAUGAUGAUAUGCACAUUGGAAAAGAACACCAAUUUGAAUCAUUCGUCGGCAUGGCCGCUCCUCGAGAGGUAAACAUUCACCCACCGACCCAGUCCAAGAACAAAGGUAGCGGUAAGAGACUAAAGAGUGCGAAAGAGAAAGGGAUUGAAGGGUCGAAAAAGAAACGAAGGACGUGCAAGUCAUGUGGUGAAAUGACAGGCCACAACGCACGUACAUGCCCCAAGAAGCAUCAGACAUACAUGUCAAAUCCAACCGCGGAACAGGCGACAAGCGAGGCGACAAGGGGAUGA